AGAGAAGAAGAAUGUCUGGCUGAUGGCUUGGCCUGUGCCUACAUAAUGAUACUUAAAUAGGCUUGCCAUGAAUCAUUUUUAUACCCCAACCACUUUGUCUCAAGAUUUUACACCGAUCCAGGGUCUGUGCUUAGGCAAUCAUCCGCAUGCAUGCACACCGAGAGUGUCAGAGCGAUUUCAAACAAACAGUAUUGUCUUUCACUUUCUGUUUCUUGAAGAUGUCGACAUUAAUGCGUUGUCUUCGUUUGGACGAUAAAACAAAAGGGCUUUUUCAGCAGACCUACCGACCAUUUGUCAAGGAGCUUCACCUGAACGUUCAGAAUCUGAACAACAGACUUGCAGCUGACGUCACAAUCGGCCGCUGCAGCUGCUACAGAUAUAUAACAGACCUUCUCUCUUGCAAAGCUUCUAACGGACGAAAUCUCUGGGCGAGAUGGAGGCAGAAGGCUGUACAGUCACAGUCAGUGGUUUACCCACAGGCAUCGACGAGGAGAGACUGGUAGACAAGCUCUGCAUUCACUUCCUGAGGGGCAGGCAUGGAGGAGGGGAGAUCAGCUCCAUCAACAUCACCAAGACAACGCCUGCCUCCGCCCUCAUCACCUUUGAGGACCGUAAAGUGGCCCAGAGUGUGGUUCAAUACGGAAAACACAUUUUAUUGCUGGACAACAAGGAGUACAAACUCACUGUGAGUUUUCCAAGCAAAGAAGUCAACCAGGAUAAGGUUUUCACGAGCAUGACGGUGAUAGUGAACUAUAACUGGCUGCCCCUGGGGAAGGAGGUGGUGACCAGGGUGCAGCGGAGCUCCCCUGAGAUCCAGUGUGGCUUUGACCUGCCCGCGGGACUCUGUACGCUGAGUGGCCGUUUCUCUGUGGUCCAGGCCAUAGUCUCCCAGCUGCUGGGCCUUUUGGAAAGCCCUGCCUCCUUAGGCACCAGCCUGGCGGGGACUAGGGGAAGCACAGGCAGGAAAAGUACCGGCUCAAGUGCGGUGAGAGACCCUUCCAGUGGGUCACAAGGUUUGGGCCAGGCUUCGCCUGAGACUCUUGAGGGCAGUAGUGGCACUAACAGGAUUAGGGCCGCCCGGGCAGACCCCCUGCGGCAGGAUUAUGAUCGCUCCCUGAUUGUGGACAUAGACGCCUUCCGCUACCUUCAGAAGCACUGUGGGCAAAAGUACGAGCGCAUCCUGAGCCGGCGCGGUGUGGAGGCUUUGGACGUGACCACGGACGGAGUCACCACCCUGUUCCUGCAGACUACGGAGGGGCAGGCGUCAGGGCAUGAGGGCCUGCGGCAGGCGCACAGAGACCUGAGCAGGCUGUGCCAGGAGGUGGAGAGCCGGCUGUGCAGGGAGCAGCUCCUCAAGGAGAGUGGGCCUCAGGAGGGCCUCCAGCAGGCCCUGGAGGCUCUGCAGCUCCAGCUACCCCAGGUGCUUCUGGGACAGGAUGCUGCUGGCAAGCACAUCUCCAUUGUGGGCAGCAGUAGCGAUGUCAUGGAAGCCAAGCGGUUCCUGCUGGACCUGCGUGCCGAGGAGGUGGCUCGCCUUCUCCCUAGGCUGGGCAGGGCCGACCUCGGUCCUGCCUCAAACGCUUCUCGGCUGGAUGCCAGUGCUGGGACAGUGCUCAAGACCUGCAUGGAUGGCAGUCCUGAAGGAGGCAGGGAGUACAGGCUAGCUGCCAGUUUCAGGGACACAAAGUGCAGGGUCUCUGGGUUGGAUAAGCUAGGCAUUGGGCUUGGCAACACACUGUUGACACCUCGCAACGCAUUCAAGGAACUUUCUUCUGUACGUAAACAAAGGUCCAGCAUGAAUUCCAGUGGUCCAGUUUUGAGCAGUGGUCGAAUAUCGGGCAAAGAGAGGCCUGGGGUAGGCGUUGGUGGACUAAAUCUGGAAGACCUAAGAAAGUUUGGUACUACAGGGCAGGACAUCCCAUUGGAGAAGUUGGAUCCUGUGUCUGCUGCCUCUGUGGAGAGCAGGCCCUUGUUGAGCUCCACUCUGACAGACUUGAGGCUGCAGGUCGGGAGUUCCCUUGGCACUGUGCAACACAUGGACCUGUUUGGAGUUCAGACGGCCCAAACAGCCGAUGUCCCCCCUUCGCAGUCUGGCUUCACAACCACACUGAGACGGGCUAACAGUUUCUCAGGCUAUGCCAGGAACAGGCGGGAUCAGAAAGUGGGGGAUGCAGGUGGUUACGAGGAGAAGCUGAGCAGGGGUAAAUUAAGCACUCCAGGGAUCAGCAAAGAGCAACAGGAGGUGCACAGUGUGGAGGUGCAGGCUCAUACGGUCAUGUGGCAAUAUAUGAAGGAGGUCUAUUGCACUCGUCUGGAGGACAUAAUCUCAGGGUCACAGGUGAAGGAGAGUCAAUCAGACAGUGAUGUCACGACUAUAAUCCUGAAGGGGGCGGAGCCAUCCAGAGUGAAUGGCUGCCAGCGGGAGCUUAGGAACCUGGUUACCAUGGUCGCCACAGACUUUACUGUGGAGGAGCUGCCACUGGUCAGGCUGGGUGUGGCUGAUCCUCAGGAUGAGACUUUGGAGAUAUGCUGCGCCGAGGUGCGGAGCAGGUUCCGGAAGGUAAAAAUCCAGCUACACGAAGAUAUUCUUUUUGUCAUCGGGCCCAGACAGCUGUGCGCUCAGGUGGUUGGGGCUCUGCUGGAAGUGUUCCAGGAUGGGGCCAAGAGGAGGCAAGGCCUGCGGGAGAGUCCACGGGGGGUAGGGGGAUCUUCGGACACCUCUCUGACCACCAGUGCCCAGGACAAAAAAAACCUUCCACCUCAAUCUGACAACCUGGACCAAAGUAGCUGCACCCCGGAUGGCUCCCAGGAGGAACCAGUAACACAGACAGGAGAGGAGACCAGGCCUAGCACCAGCGAGCACAAACAAAACGUUCAGAAGGUAUCAGGAGGCGGGGCGCAACAAGUGAGCCAAUCAGCAGCCCAGAAAGAGCCCAUCAUCAUGGAGAAGCUUGGGAAGGCCAGGCCCAAGAAUGGAAAGCCCAGCAAAGUCAAUGCGGCCCUGUUUACUCACCCGGCAUCAGCGUCCACACGGAAAGAGACAGUAAUAACCAGUACAGGGACUGUGUCCCAGUCAGGACCAGGGAGCCCUCACAGUGGGAGCAAAGACCAGAAGGACCAGAGUCGUCCGGAGGCGGGACCUUCACAAGACCAGGACUGACAGCGAGAAAGUCUGCGUGAGUGCACUCAACCCAACAAAUACUCAGCAAGAACUCAUCCUCAACCCUCGAGCGGGUUUCACUCUUUCUGCAUAUUCUCUUCUGCAGGUUCCCCAUCAGUUUGUUACUCACCCCUACAGGCUUAAAAAUGAUAGUGUAUUCAGCACAGAACUGGCUCUGCUCGUAAACUCUGAAUGGUCAGAAUAGCCUAUGAUGUAUUCUUGUGAUUCUUCCAAGACUUACAUUUAAUGCAAUUUGAUGAAUUAUAUUUUUGUGGUCUCUGGAAAAUACAUAAAUAUUUGUGGUCUAUAUAAAUAAUUGUGUGGUGCAGUAAUUAACUAACUGACAUCAAUUCAGUCACUUGGGAAUGAGGCAGAACAGUAUCCACUUUGGCAUUUGAGGCACUGGGUUUGCCACGCCCCUGGCUGGCUUGAGUGUACAGUAAAAGGGUUAGGUUAAUGCAGUAACUACAAAUGCAGUGCUACAAAUCUCCACUGGGGAGGGACAGGAACUGUAAGAAAAAAUCUUUUGAAGAUAUAGCCUAUCAUUGACAGGUAUUUACAUCGUAUGUCUGUACCCAAACAGGAAGCAGUUCACAGGAAGUGGGUGGCAAACACAAUCAAAGACAUUUUUUAGAAACACAUUUCCUAUCUUCCAAUUCAGCAGUAUCUCAUGUCUUAACCCAGGAAAGCAGUUAUCAGAUUUUGUCCUUUUCAUAAGCUGUUUCCAAUGGACACAUUGCAACGGAAAUGUGUCCAUUGGAAAAUAAAUUGUAAUACACUGAAUACUACAUUUUAUUAUAUGGAGGUACUCAAAAUAUAAUCUGAAAUUUACAACAUAUUGUACUUGUCUUAACGCCCAAGUAAUUCAAUGAUUUGUCAUGAUAUCACUGGUAUGAAUAAAUGCUGUAAAUAUUAUCAGAACAGCUGUUCAUUGUUACAACAAAUGACAAAUCAAGAAUUAUUCUUGUUCCGUAUGCUAGCAACACACUCACACAUUGUGUAGCCUAGCACCAAUGUGACAGAAGUAAUGUUUUAUCACUAGCGGAAAUCAUCUUUGAAACGGUCAUAUUGAGAGCCUAAGAAAAAAAACCCAGUGUCUAAGAAUUCAGGUUUCAAAAGACCCUGGAAACAUGAAAGAAAUUUGGCAAUGGGCCUGGAGUCACUUUCGUAAGAUCGGGAGAGGAAGAAGUUUGCGCAGGACUUUGUCAGUACUGUGAACCAUUUUAAGGAUGUGUAGACUACAUGCUAUAGCUGCUGACUGUCCUGUGGCAGAACCAGUCUCACCAGUGCCCCCACUUUCACUGCAGGAAUGAGUACUCAGAAUGCAUCAGCCUCAGCCCAAAGCUCUGAGGGUCCUGGAAGCUCAAUGAAGCACAGCUUUGCCCAGGAUGCAAAACAAGACCAAGAACUGACAAGGAUCACAGAUGUGUAUUUUUUAUAAUAAUGCUGAAAAUUUGUCUUUUUGUGAAUGUGACGAGUUUUCUAGUGAAAACCUUGGCAAUGAAAUAAUGAAUGUACGACUCCAAGGAAACUGGUCAGCAGCUGUUUUGUUUUGGCUUUAACAGCUUUAUUGAAAACAGGUGGGGGGGGGGGGGGGGGGGUGAUUUAGUGGAAUGAUGCAAUACGUUAUAAACUGCUGAGUAUUGCUAUGGCAUUACCUGUGGCAUUAAAUGAGCAAACCUGACUGUA